GUCAAUACAAUACACACACACAGGAAAUCGUCAAACAAAUCAGUGAAGUAGUCAAAGUGUAAAGUAACUAUAGUAGUGGAAUCGGAUUUAACAAAAGUUGAGAUGAAGCUAUUGUUUUUAAAACUAAUGUUACUAUACUUAUCCGUAAAACCAUCUAAUCUGCAACUCGUUAUUAAUGUUAGAAAUCAGGGUGGCGACGUUAUGCAGGAGAACAUAACUGCGAAUGUGUCAGAAGAUACCAUCACCCUCGAGUUUAUGCGGCUGGAUGGCGUGUUCGUGUCGCAGCUCGUCGACUUCACUAAUGAAGUGGAGGCUAUGAAGCUUAUAAUUCCUGGUGAAGAAGAAAUGGGACAAACAGGCCACCAGACACUGUGCUUCCUGACUCACGCUGCCCAGGCUGACUUCAUAGCUCCUGAUGCAAUGGCCAAGUUGCGACAGAAAAACCCAGGCACUAUAAGAGUAGCAGAGGAGGACAAGGGUUGGAGGCAGACCACGGCCAGUGCGUGGGCGGGGCGCGCCGUGCGCCUGCUGUCUGCUCCCGCGGCCCGGCACUGCACAGCCGCCAGAGACCGCGUCUACCUGCGCGCCGCUGAUCUCGCGCGGUGGGCUCCACGCCCGGGGCUCGAUCAGUCUUCAUAUGCCACAGUAGUGACUCCGUUCCCACCGCACGCACUCUCAUCAGAUACAACGGAUGGGAAGCUGGCAGUUGGCGCAUGUGUUUCAGAGACAGACCGCACUAAAGAGUGCAUUUGUCAUAUGGAGGUGUGUGUGAACUGGUAUCCCUGUGGAUUGAAGUACUGCAAGGGUAAGCCCCAAGGAGGGUUGAGCUACCGCUGUGGAAUCAAGACUUGUCACAGAUGUUACCGCUACCACUACUACGUGAAGCAGCGCGACACUUGCCUUACCUACACGUGACGGCGCGACCGCCGGCCGCCGCGCCGCCGCGCACCCUGCCAAACCUACAUUCUAGUCCUCAUGAUCAUAGCUUUCAUAAUAAUAUAUUCUUAUAAAGACUGUUCUAUUAUCAAUAAAAUGACCAUGCAUCAGUUCUUGUAAAUAUUUUGCUAUAUGAAACUAAAUAACUAUACAUACUUAAUUAUGUUGUAAGAAAUACACUUUGGAUACUAUUUGA